AUGUCCGACGUCCCUCUUCCUGAACGCCUUCCAAAGCCAGAGGAACCGAAAGCACCAACCCCUGCACCUCAGUUCCAGCAAGUACCUCCGAAUUACUACCAAUUUCCACCUCAAGGUUACUACCUACCAUAA